AUGCAGAACCCGCCACAGCACCGGCACCGGAGCUGCAGGGGUGUGCAGGACCAGCACCCAGAGCUGCAGGGGUGUGCAGGACCAACACCCAGAGCUGCAGGGGUGUGCAGGACCAGCACCCAGAGCCACAGAGGUGUGCAGGACCAGCACCCAGAGCUGCAGCACCGUGCAGGACCAGCACCCAGAGCUGCAGCACCGUGCAGGGUCAGCACCCAGAGCUGCAGGGGUGUGCAGGACCAGCACCCAGAGCUGCAGGGGUGUGCAGGACCAGCACCCAGAGCUGCAGCACCGUGCAGGGUCAGCACCCAGAGCUGCAGGGGUGUGCAGGACCAGCACCCAGAGCUGCAGCACCGUGCAGGGUCAGCACCCAGAGCUGCAGGGCCACGCAGGGUCAGCACCCAGAGCUGCAGGGCCACGCAGGGUCAGCACCCAGUGCCUCAGAGCCAUGCAGGACCUGCCAACAACGUUGCAGGGCCAUGCAGGACCAGCACCCAGCACCUCAAGGCCAUGCAGGAUCAGCACCCAGUGCCACAGGGCCAUGCAGGACCCACAAAUGAUGCUGUGGGGCCACGCAGGCCCCGUGUUUGUCACAGCAAGGCCACGCAGGGUCUGCAAUCAGCACUGCAGGGCUUGCAUGCAGCACUGCAGAGCCAUGCAGCACUACACCCAGGCUGCGGGGCUCUGCAGGACCCACAGCCAGCACUGUGGAGCCAUGCAGGACCCACAGCCAGUGUUGUGAACCCAUCCAGGACCCACAGGCGGUGGCAUGCAGCCCUGCAGGACCUGCAGCAGUGCUGCAGGGCCAUGCAGGACCCGCAGUGCCCACCGUGCCCCACACAGGACAGGACGCCCACGGCCAUGCCAGCCCCACAGACAGGGUCGUGGGGCUGUGCAGGGUCAGACAGCAGCAGGCAGGACCCGUGCCUGGUGCAGCAGCCCUGUGCCAUCCUGGGCCACCCAGCCCCGGCAGCGAGCAGGAGCCCAGAGCCCAGGGCCAGUCCCAGUCCCUCCUGCCUCGCCACCUUCACUCCCGGCAAAGCCAGUCCCGCGGUGCCCCCACCGUGCCAGCUCAGCUCCCCGUGCCCCCCGCACCCAGAGGGGCCCCCAGGCCCCCAGUAG